AUGUGGCUGACCCUUUGGGGUCAGAAGAACACUUUAGGGUUUCCAGUUUCCAAACCUGAUGUGAGCUCCCAGCUGGAACAAGGGAAAGAGUCAUGGGUCCCAGACCUCCAGCGUUCAGAGGAAAGAGAGAUCCUGAGAGCUCCCUGCACAGCAGGUGAUGCAAUGAUAUGUGAGAAAGAGGAACAGAAUUCUCAGCAGGAAAAUGUUGAGCCAGUGGAUAAACACAGAGAAUUAUCGCAAAGAUCGGAAAGGAAUGUGUCCAGGAGUCAUGAGCUGGGAAAAUCCUGUGAGAUUCAGCACAGACCAGAAAGAGAACAAGGAAGCCAGCCAGAGUUGAAAGUGGGUAAAUGUAUUUCCUGUCCAGGAACUCAGAAGGACCUUAAGGAAACCACAACACAGCAAGAAAUCCUCAGGAGAAAGAGAAAAAAUACAUUCACUGAGUGUGGGAAAAACUUACGUGACUAUUCAGCCCUUAUUAGUCAUCAGAGAAUCCACACAGGGAAGCGGCUCUAUGAAUGCAGCGAGUGUGGGAAAAACUUCAAUCCCAGAUCACAGCUUAUUAGGCAUCAGAGAAUCCACACAGGGGAGAGGCCCUAUGAAUGCAGUGAGUGUGGGAAAAGCUUCACUCGGAGAUCACACCUUAUUAGGCAUCAGAUAAUCCACACAGGGGAGAGGCCCUAUGAAUGUAGUGAGUGUGGGAAAAGCUUCACUCAAAGAUCAGACCUUUCUGAACAUCAGAGAAUCCACACAGGGGAGACGCUCUAUGAAUGCAGUGAGUGUGGAAAACGCUUCACUCAAAGAUCAGGUCUUUUUCAACAUCAGAGAAUCCACACAGGGGAGAAGCCUUAUGAAUGCAGUGAGUGUGGGAAAAGCUUCACUCACAGAUCAGUGCUUUCUGAACAUCAGAGAAUCCACACAGGGGAGAGGCCCUAUGAAUGCAGUGAGUGUGGGAAAAGCUUCACUCACAGCUCACACCUUAUUACGCAUCAGAGAAUUCACACAGGGGAGAAGCCCUAUGAAUGCAGUGAGUGUGGGAAAAACUUCACUCACAAAUCAGUCCUUUCUGAACAUCAGAAUAUCCACACUGGUGUGAGACCUUAUGAAUGCCAUGAGUGUGGGAAAAGCUUCAGUAGGAUCUCAGACCUUUUCACACAUCAAAGAAUCCACAGAGGAGAGAUGCCCUACACGUGUUCUGAGUGCGGGAAAAGCUUCAAUCAGAGCUAUACCCUUAUCAGACAUUGGAGAACUCACACUGGAGAGAAACCCUACACAUGCUCUGAGUGUGGGAAAAGCUUCAAUCAGAGCUCAAACCUUAUCAGACAUAGGAGAAUCCACACAGGGGAGAAACCUUAUGGAUGCUCUGAGUGUGGGAAAUGCUUCAUUCAUACUUCAGCCCUCAUCUCCCAUCAGAAAAUCCACACAGGAGACACGCCCUACACAUGCUCUGAAUGUGAGAAAAGCUUCUAUCAGAGCUCUGACCUGAUCAAACAUCGUAGAAUCCACACAGGAGAGAAACCCUACACAUGCUCUGAGUGCAGGAAAAGUUUCAAUCAGAGCUCAACCCUUAUCAGACAUCAGAAAAUCCACAUGAGAGAGAACUGUAAUAAAUGCCUUGACUAG